AUGGCAAGCAAACUCAAAAAGCACGCAGACGAUACGAAGGAGGGAAGCAAUACUGAGUUGGACUUGGUGGACAAGGGCAUUGUCAACAUCCAGGAUAUCCCAGGUUUUGCGAAUCUAAAGAAUUUGUCUAAGCUGGUGUUGGCCCACAAUAAAAUAUCAUCGGUCCCUCCAAACAUUGCAAACUUCCUCAACCUGGAGAUCAUCAUUUUGUUCAAUAAUAUCAUUGAGGAACUGCCUACAACACUGAGCUCACUGCCAAAGUUGAAAAUUCUAAAUGUUGGGAUGAACCGAUUAAACAGUCUGCCAAGAGGAUUUGGAGCUUGUCCGAUGCUGGAAGUACUCGAUGUUACUUACAAUAAUCUGAGUGAACAUAGCCUGCCUGCCAACUUCUUUUGUCUCGACACUUUGAGAGCUUUGUACAUGGGAGACAAUGACUUUGAGUUUGUGCCUCCAGAAAUUGGACGACUUAAGAAUCUUCAAAUUCUGGUACUUCGAGAUAAUGAUCUGGUAGCCUUGCCAAAAGAAAUUGGUGAGCUGACUCGACUCCGGGAGCUUCACAUUCAAGGCAACAGAUUGACUGUUCUACCUCCAGAAAUGGGAAAUCUGGAUUUAGUCGGGACCAAGCAGAUUUUUAAGGCGGAUGGUAAUCCGUGGGUGACACCUAUUGCAGAUCAAUUUCAAGUUGGCAUCUCCCACGUGUUUGACUACAUUCGUUCAGAUACAUACAAAUUCUUAUAUGGCCGCCAUAUUGCUGCAAGUGCUGCGCCGCCACCAAAAACCAACGACAAGUCUAAAAAGAUCAGUCGAAUUAAGAAGUAG